AUGAUGCGGCUCUCGGUGGCUCUUCCUGCAUCACCGACGGGUCAUCCAUCCGAGUCGCUGACUGGCUGUACCGGCAAAAGUGGGAUCACACUUUUGGUCAACCUGUUACAACAACGUGGCAUCGUGAAAAUAUGGUUUCAAAACCAUCGCUACAAGAUGAAGCGAGCCCGACAAGAAGAAAAAGCUGCUCGGCUUCUCGGUAAUGAUGCCAACCAAAACGGUUGCUAUGGCUCAGGCCUCGGCCUCGGCAGAGACGUCACGGAAACACGUGGUUACCUGUCAUACACUCGAGGGCAUAACCGCAUUCUAUCUCGAGCCGACGCAGAGACUCCGGAUACUCCCACAAUGACGCCGUCGCCGUCACCAUCGCCUACACCCACACCAACUCCUACUCCGCCGUCUUCUCCUCACUUUCCUCAAGCCAGACUAAAAAAUGGUAAGGAAGACAAUUUCUUCUGGCAUCCUUCAAUUUUGUAG